AUGGCCAACGAACCGGCCCAGUCCGACGGCCUCAGUUUCCUCAAUGAGUCAGCCAUUGACACCCCAACCAACAACUCACCAGAUGCUCCCAUCCAGGCCACUUAUACCGAGAAGGCCGUCAAACCUCCCAUCCAAGCGCCGUCAACCAAAGAUCUUGUCAAGACGGGUUUGAUCUUUGAGGGAAGCUCAGUGAAUGAACUCGCCUCCCGACCCGGCGAUUCCACCAGCAAGACGACUGAGGACGACAGAUCCCCCCCACCACCCGCUCAAGGUAUUGCGAACUCAGCUCACCAGACUCCCUUGAUCGCUCCCUCGAUCGUGUUAUUGGAUGGUCCGCCGAGCUCAUGGGAUUCGAACUCAGCUCACCUGACUGCCUCGAUCGCUCCCUCAAUCGUGUUAUUGGAUGGUCCGCCGAGCUCAUGGGAAUCCUCCGCGCCCGCAGAAGGACAGGCGAGACAACCUGUUUUCCCUGAUGUUGUGUUGUUGGAUGGUCCCCCAAGUUCCUGGGAUUCAAACAGUGCCCUCAGAAAGCGGGCCCAAACACCAAACUAUCCUCCUCCACCGACACCAAGACCCCGCCGCUCAAAAUAG